AUGACGUCUGCUUGUUGUGACUAUGAUGACCCCGGCACAGACCCCGGCACAGACCCCGGCACAGACCCCGGCACAGACCCCGGCACAGACCUCGGCACAGACCCCGGCACAGACCCCGGCACAGACCCCGGCACAGACCUCGGCACAGACCCCGGCACAGACCUCGGCACAGACCCCGGCACAGACCCCGGCACAGACCCCGGCACAGACCUCGGCACAGACCUCGGCACAGACCUCGGCACAGACCCCGGCACAGACCCCGGCACAGACCCCGGCACAGACCUCGGCACAGACCCCGGCACAGACCCCGGCACAGACCUCGGCACAGACCCCGGCACAGACCCCGGCACAGACCCCGGCUCAGACCCCGGCACAGACCCCGGCACAGACCCCGGCACAGACCCCGGCAGAGUGGGUGAGGUCAGCGCACACGACCACGCCUGCAAGAGCAUCCACCAUCAUCAUCCUCAUCCCGCAGAACGAGGCAGAGGACUGGGCCAAAACGAGCGCUCCCUCAGCCAGAGCCGCGGGAGGAGGAGGAGGAGGAGACUGGGCCCCGGAGAGACCUUCACCAAACAGAAUGAUGCCAGCAGAAGUUCGCUCCGUGUGAAGAAGAAAAGUCCUGCUGAAGACGAGGCAACCUUAGAAAUUCACCGCUGCUUUAAACUUGGUCAUGUGGAGGUUUCCCGGCUCUAG